GCCACCUGUGUAGAAAGUUGCUAUCCUGGGUACCGGAAAUUAAUUAAGGAGGGGAAACAGGUUUGCUGCUAUGACUGUGUCCAAUGUUCAGAGGAAAGCAUUUCCACCAUGGUUGAUUCCAAGCAAUGUGAGAGGUGCCCAGAAGAACAAUAUCCAAAUGAGAAGAACCAUCAAUGUAUUCCCAAAAUUAUUGCCUACUUAUCCUACGAAGAAUUCCUGGGAGAAAUCCUGACUAGCUUUGCUGUUUCUUUUGCUGUAAUCACAAUUGUUGUGAUGGGGACAUUUAUCCGCCACCAAAAUACUCCCAUUGUCAAAGCCAACAAUUGGGAUAUCACCUGCACUUUGCUUUUCUCACUUCUGCUGUGUUUUCUCUGUUCUUUCUUCUUCCUCGGAUGCCCAGGGAUAGUCACAUGUCUCCUCCGGCAAGCAGUUUUUGGAGUUGUCUUCUCCAUCGCAGUAUCUUGUGUGUUAGCCAAAACCAUCACUGUGGUUCUGGCCUUCAUAGCCACAAAGCCAGGAAACCGCAUGAGGUGGUGGGUCGGGAAAAGGCUGUCUGUCUCAGUCAUUGUGUUUUGCUCACUUAUUCAAGCAAGCAUCUGUGCUGUGUGGUUGAUCCUUUCUCCUCCUUUCCCAGAGUUGGACAUGCAUUCCCAAUUGGAUGAGAUCUUAGUGCAAUGCAACGAAGGCUCAGAGAUCAUGUUUUAUGUUGUGCUGGGCUACAUGUGGCUUUUGGCCCUCAUCAGCUUCGUGGUGGCCUUCUUUGCCCGAAAGUUGCCUGACAGUUUCAAUGAAGCCAAACUCAUCACCUUCAGCAUGCUGGUCUUCUGCAGUGUUUGGGUCUCCUUUGUGCCCACCUACUUAAGCACUAAGGGGAAAUCCAUGGUGGCUGUGGAGGUCUUCUCUAUCUUGGCCUCAAGUGGUGGCUUAUUAGGUUGCAUUUUUAUGCCCAAGUGCUAUAUUAUCAUGCUGAGACCAGAGCUGAAUACCAGAGAGCAGCUAGUUAGGAAAAAGACUAGUGUGGUUUCAAGUGCAGUGUAA